CGCCGCCCGGCCUCGCCGCACGGCGGCGCGCCCGCCAUGGGCGCCGCGCAGCCGGCGCCGGGCCGCCAGGGCGGCGGGGAGGCGGCGCCGCUGUGGCCCUGCGCGGCCGCGCGGCUGCUGCCCUCGGCCGUCGGCCUGCAGCUGCCCUCGUUCUGGCCCGUGUGGCGCCAGCGGUGCGUGAGCAGGGCCUGGAACCGCGAGGUGGUGGCUGCCCGGCUGGCGCGCUCCGGCGGCUGGCCGCCGCCGGCGUGCCGGGCGCGCGGGAGGAGGUCCGAGCCGCUGGGAGCCGACCUGGCCUGCCCCCAGGGCAGCUCGGCCGAGGCUGUCGAGCGGGGCGAGCGCUUCUCGUUCACGGAGCUGCUGGACACCUCGGCCAGCUUGGAUGGCCUGGGCAUGCAGUACGUGGCGCGCCGGGUGCAGCUCGGCCCUCCACAGACGGAGGAGGCGGCAGGUGCCUCGGCGGCCCCCGCCGGGGCGGCGCGCCUCCUCGCCGGCCGCGCGUGGUCGCAGAUCCUGCGGGGCAGCACCGCCAGCGGCGGCGCGGCCGGCGGGGAGGAGGUCGCCGCCGGCGAGGGCCGCUACGCCUGCGAGGUGCUGGGCGACGGCCGCGCCGUGGUGCGGCUGCAGGUCGUGCGCCUGACCGGGCAGGGCGCCGGAAGCACCGAGAGCCUGGAGUUCCCCGUGGGGCGCGUGCUCAUGCAGUGGGCCUGAGCCGGCGAGGAGAAGGAGGAGGA